AUGCCUCGAAAUGCCUGCACCGGAUGCCGAAGCCGGAAGGUGAGGUGCGUCCCUUCAGAGACCGGUAGUAAGUGUAAACGAUGCCAGGCUCGCAACCUGAUCUGCUCGUAUGACCAACCCAUGACUGUUUCCAGCUUCCAGAGAAGCAGUAGGGAUGACGCUCCUCGAAGCUCUGCUUCUUCAGACCGCGACACGAACGCUCAUUGGGGACUUCAGCUAUCAAGCAGCAAUUCAGGUCUUGAUAUUGGCACUGGCACGCCCUCUGAACUGCUACGAGAAGCAGAACUAACACGAACAUUACUACUGCUCUAUUUUCAAAAUUUCAAUGAUAUCCAUUUUAUGUUUGACCAGACUAUAUUUCUACGCCGUUAUGUACUUGGAGAUAUUCCAAAAGUGCUCCUGUUCGCCAUCAUGGCUUUGGGUAUUCGAUAUUCCCAUGCGCCUUUUCAAAGUGUUCAUAUGCGUCCGCACUGGGGUGAACCCUUAUAUCAUCAAGCCCGACAACUGUUGAAAGAGGAUUUUGAUCGCCCAUCCUUGACGACAAUCCAAGCUUACGUGCUCCUUGCUAGCUACGAUCUAACAUUUGGAGGAGCCCGAAAGGCUUGGAUCUACCUAAGUUUUGCGCGUACUUUUAUUGGCAUAUUAAAACUCGACCAGCCUGCCACCGACAUGGAUCCUGUGCAGGCAGAACUUUGUCGACGCUUGAUAGCUACCAUUAUCCUGAUGGAGAACACUUUCCCCCAGUAUUUGAACAUGGGGCAGUAUUCUUUGCCACUCCGUCCUAUGCCCCGAUUAUACAGUGAGGAAGAAUUUGAUAUAAUAAAGAAUACAACCGUUGCACCUCCCCGUCUCCAGCCAACUCCAUGUAUUGCGCAGGAGAUCCUCACACUCUCUGAGCUCUAUUACGAAGCAUGCCAACUUUUCGGAACGUCCAAUAUCGAAAGACGAAAUACCCUCGAGAACAAGUUAUUUGAAUGGCAAGCGAAUCUCCAUGAAUCCUUCGUGUUCAACCAAGGGAACCUUGAAGACCACCAAAAGUUCUCUAUUCGCCCAUUUGCAUACAUGCAUUUACUUUAUACGCAUAUUUGGCAAAUUAUUCUUUUCCACUCCAUGGACUGGGCAUCAGGUGCAUUAUUCCUUUCACCAGACGCCUAUAAAAGUAUACUGCCUAUCUAUGAGCAUGCUUCAACCAUUGCCAACAUAGUUCACCAACUUUGGACUGUCGCCGAAAUCGACAUUCACAAUCCCUGCUUCGGUCAAAUCGUCAAAACAGCUCAGGUCGUCCUUGCACAUCGUCUCCUGACUACAGCUGAUCCUAGAAUUAUGGUUAUCCUCCAAACUCAGAUUCUCGUCCUCCGUGACUGCCUUGUCCGGGUUAAGGCCUACUGUCGACUUUAUAACUUGGUGGUAAGUCAGUAUGAGAAAUAUCCGCAUAACCAUAUAUUUACUAUACCCCAGUUCGAUCAAGCUGAAUGGUUCCUCCGCAUAUGCACCCAGGAAGACUUCCCUUACGACAAGCAGCAGUGGCAGUCCAUGCUACGGUUCCAAGUGAUGUCUCUAGCGACUAGCUUUGAACGACUGGACUAUGAGACUGCUUGCAGCUCGAGCGGGUUAGAGAGCCUCGCGACCGCCGAAUCCCGCGAGCAACAUAGGAGGAAUCAACUCCCGCCAAUAUUAUCACCUAUUUAUAUUGCACGAAGAGGUGGUCCUCCGUCUGGAUUUGGGUCCCGUUAA